GAACAAAGACAACCUCAGAAAUAGGACCAACAAACCAUAGUCCUGAAGUUCAAGGCUGUCAGUGACGUGCGCUACACAAAAUGGCAAAAACGAGGACGGUUAGCAAGUCGGGAAGUAGCACUAAUCUAGAAAGAAUGAAAACUCACGCGAGGCAAAGAGACAAGGCGACUAUUAGACGGUUGAAGAUGUAUAAAUCAGGAAAACCUGUUAGGAAUGCAAAAGGCCGCAUUGUGAAGCCUGCCGAGUACCAAGGAAAGCUUGCAUCAGGAACAGUAGCAAGAGUGGAUCCCAAUCAUCGCUGGUUUGGAAACACGAGGAUUGUUGGUCAAUCGUCUCUUCAAAAGUUUCAGGAUGAAAUGGGUAAAGUGAUGAAGGACCCUUAUAAGGUUGUCAUGCGACCGUCGAAACUGCCCGUGUCUUUAUUGCAAGAGAAAGCAACGCAUGUGCAGGUGCAUCUUCUCGACACGGAAUCGUUUGAGAACACGUUUGGCAAGAAGGCACAAAGAAAGCGGCCGAGACUGAUGGCUUGUGAUCUUUAG